AUGAGUGCGCUACUUGGAGGAAGAAUUGCUGUAGUUACUGGCGGCGGAUCCGGCAUUGGCAAAGCAAUUUCUGAAGCACUCGCCAAACACGGAGCUCGUGUCGUUGUUGCUGAUCUAGAUUCUAACACAGCAGCCGCAACAGCAAAAAGUCUGCAAUCCGCCGAAAAACAUUCUUCAUUUGCCGUCGAUGUAUCAGACGCAAAUAGUGUGAAACAAUUAACUCAUCAUGUUAAAUCACUUGGAACAACCUCGAUUCUUGUUAACUGCGCCGGAAUCACAAAGGACUCGACUUUGGCUAAAAUGACUGAAGAGAAAUGGGACAGCGUUAUCAAAGUUAAUCUCACCGGAGUAUUCCAUGUCUCUCAAGCUUUCGUCAAGUCAUCGAUUGACGAUAACAAUCAUCCACUUUCUAUUAUAAAUGUCUCAUCUAUUGUCGGCAAAAUGGGAAAUUUUGGACAAACCAAUUACGCUGCUACUAAAGCCGGAGUGAUUGGAUUCACAAAGUCUGCUGCCAAAGAAUUGGCUAAAAAGAAUGUUCGCGUCAAUGCUGUGCUUCCGGGAUUCAUCAAGACACCAAUGACAGAAGCAAUGCCUCCAAACGUUCUAGCUGAGAUUUGCAAGGGAAUCCCUAUGGGACGAAUGGGCGAAACUGAAGAAAUAGCCAAUUCUGUUCUCUUCUUGGCCUCUGAUCUCUCUUCAUACGUGACUGGUGCAACAUUGGAAGUUACUGGUGGAUUCAGCAUGUAA